AUUUUACUAGUCGAAAACGGUUUAAUAUAUCUGGCUUCAACAAGCUGAAUUUCCUCACUAACCUUAAACCAAAGCUUUUCUGUAUAAAAUUUACUUCCGAGCGCUUAAAUCCAUAGGUAGGGUUCUUACUAGAACGUUAGCCGUUUUCCAAAACAAAACUAAACUUAUGAAACGUUAAUGAAACGUUAACAUAUGUUAUUUGUUUGCAACGGUUAUUUGUCUACUGUCCGCUUUGUCAUGUUUAGCUGAGUGUGUAAAUUUAUUCCAGUUCGACAUUAACUUAUAGCUCGUAAAUCGUUCAGGCUUGUUGGCUUACUAACGUUAUUUAACGCCAGAUACAGGCUCAAGAUACAGACUGAGACUGUUUAAUGUGACAUAGAUUCAAAGUAGCUAUCUCAAACGAUGAAGUUUCCGCGACUAUCGUUACUUAAUUUUUUUCUGAACGGAAAUACCCUCAAGAAAAAAACUGGGCGACAUGAGUGCCUUCUUGGCGCAGGAAAGCGGUGUUGGAGCUCCGGGUGCACUUCCCAAGAGCAUCCUACAGCAGGUCAGACAGUGGUUAUUGAAAAGCAAGGUCCAGUGCUUACUGUGGGGAUUAACAGGCCAGAGGUGCGUAAUGCAGUGAACCAAGAGACAUCCCAGCGGUUAUUUGAAGAAUUUUCUGCCUUCAAUCAGGAUGAUACCUUGAGUGUAGCUGUGCUACAUGGAAUAGGGGGAAAUUUUUGUGCUGGUUAUGAUCUUAAAGAGCUUUCCCAGGAUUCGGGUUCCCUCACACUGGAGCAAAAUGUUACCCGAGGUCCUGCUCCAAUGGGUCCCUCUCGCCUGAGGCUAGCAAAGCCACUGAUUGCGGCAGUGAGUGGUUAUGCUGUGGCGGGGGGGUUGGAAUUGUCCCUGCUGGCUGAUCUCAGGGUUGUGGAAGCCAGCGCCAUUAUGGGGGUUUUCUGCCGCAGAUUUGGUGUGCCUCUGAUUGAUGGCGGGACGGUGCGGCUCCCACGGCUAAUUGGUUUGUCUCGAGCUCUAGACCUCAUUUUGACUGGUAGACCUGUAGGAGCUCAGGAAGCACUGGCAUUUGGACUAGCAAACAGAGUGGUGCCAGAUGGACAAGCCUUACAGGUGGCUGUUGAACUUGCUGAGCAGAUUAGCUCCUUUCCUCAGCUCUGUCUCCGUGCUGACCGUAACUCAGCCUAUCAUGCAACUUUUGACUCCACCUCGUUCACCCAGGCCAUGCAGUAUGAGACCGACUAUGGCCUGCCAGUAAUCACAGCUGAAGCUGUCCCCGGGGCAACAAGGUUCAGCUCUGGCACUGGAAGAGGUGGAACGUUCUCUUGAAAGACGUGAUAAAUGUGUUUUUUGCCCUCCAAUAACAAUGUACUUGUAAUUACUCAUGUUUGUAGUAUUUUACUUGUGAGAAAAGAUUUCAGUGUGAUUUUGAGAAAGGUUCCAGCUGAACUGCACAGAGUUUUGGUAGUGAUUGUAUACCUUUGAACAGCCACCAUUUAUGGUCACUAUAAUGCUAAUAGAAAAACCUAUUUGUUGCAAAAAUUCUUAACAAACUACAUAGCGCAGUUUGAAUGGGUAGUCCAGGAUCAUCAUUUCUGUAUUAGUAAACCACCGUACUGAAAAGCUGAAA